GGCGGGCGGAGCGGACAUGACGUUGUUUCCGCAGGCCGGGCCCCGCCCUCCGUGCGCCUGCCGCGGAUUUUUGAAAAUAACGAGUGGCUCCGCUAAAAUAAUUCAUCGGAUUUUGUCGUUAAAACAAUAAAACCCCAUCAGAACAUCAUGGCCUCCAUUACGGAUCCGACCCUCAGUGACUGGUUCACCAACACUAUGGAAGAGAUACGCAACAAACUGCUCAUCCAAACCUGUGGGGAGAUAAUUGACACCACGGUGGAGCUGUGCCAGUCCCACAAACAGUUUGUGAAAUCUGCCGUUGAUACAUGUGUAAAGAAAUGCAAGGAUGAUGAGACACUGUUUGAGACAAUACAAACUUACAAAAGAGGCUUAGAACAAAAAAAUGCAGUAAUGAAGGAGAAAAAGAAUGCCAUUUCUGAAUUGGUGUCUGAUAUUCAACGGAAAGAGAUGCAGAAAGAUGACAUUAUCCAGAAGAUGGAGAGACUAAGAGAGGAACAAGCCAAAAGGAGAGACUUGAUUUUGUCUCAAAAUAAAGCAAACAAAAACAGACUGAAGAAUCUCAACAAAGCCAAGCAAGUCUUUCAAGAUCAUUUGGGAUUGGAGAUAAGAAAAAUCAGUGGUGAAAAGUUGCAGUUUAUUUUCCGCAACAUCAACCCUGCAGAUCCAGACAGUGUCUACACCUUCACAAUGGGGAUCAAAGAGGACGGGAUAUACCAGAUUAUGUCAAGUGAUCCGCCAAUUGAGUGUUUGCCUGUCCUGGAAAGCAAACUUCAGGAGACCAAUAACUUCUCGGCCUUCCUUGCAAAUGUCAGGAAGGAGUUUGUCUCUCUGGCGCGUUUCUAAGAUACUGUCUCUGCGAAGCGAGGAUCUCACCAGGUCAAAUGGUACAAGAAGGAAAAGAACCAGGCAGCAUGACCCUUGCUGUGGAAGACUCAUCCGUGUGAGGCAGUUCAUGCUCAAGAAUGAUUUUAUCUGUUCUUAUUAAUGGAAUCACUUAAAAUGUAAAGUGAUACGGCUGUCAGCUUGCAGCUAAAGCACUGGAAAAACACAACAUUAAACCAUCUAAUUCGUAACAUUUUUAACUGAGAUAAAAUUGUUCUAAUGCAUGAAAACCAGAACCUUGUAAAUAUUGGCCUUAUAAGCACAAACUUCGUCUUAAUGUGGUCAUGUUACAGUAAUCUGGAUAUGGCAUAUUUAUGUACAAAUGUGAUGUUUGCUUGAAUCUUGGAAUGGGUUGUCUUAUGGAAAUGGAGAGAGAGGAGUCAGCUUCUCACUUUUUGCCUUUCCAAAUCCUGUAAACCUCCCUAGUGGAAUGUAGAAAUGUGCUUGAUAUGUAAAAAGGUCUCUUAAAUGUUGAUGUAUUUGUAUUUUUUUCCUCAUUACGCAUUUAAAGCAAGGAAUAGCACACAUAGCUAGGUAAUUCUGUUUUUCUCCAUUUUAUUUAUAAUGAACUAAUAAAAUGAAGUGAAAAAUCUCAAAAGCCCACUCCUGCCUCAAAUAACAUAAUGAUAUAAAUAAAUAGAAGGGCAAAAGAACAGUUUAUAUUAGAGCUCAAAAAAAUUUCAAGAGUUCACAAAGAUCUGUGCUGUAUCUCCAAACAUUACAACAGUGAAGUCUUGAGGGCAGCUGCUGCAUUAUUGUCCCAAACCUUGACUGAGCAGUGAUUAGACAGCAGAAAAAUGCAAAUUCUUAAUAGUACUGAUCCCUGGAUGCGUCUGUUUAUAUUAAACCUUUUACAAAACACUAUAUUAUCCAUAUAUCGGUCAGUACAUGCACAGAAACUUGAUUCAUUUUUGCAGGUGAUACGAUUCUUGCAGUUGUUGCAAAUUCACGUCUUGACAGUGUAGAAGUUUGCAAUUUGAACUAACGGCGUGAGUUGUGUGCUUGCAUGGUUCAUGUAUCAGUGCAGUCAUGCAUCAGAUGAGUUGACGAUGCUUAAGACAGGCAGCUCUUCAACAUAGGAUGAUGGGAAAUGGCCUAUCUGCCCGUCAAGUGCGCCAUACCACCACCCAUUGUCCUCCUUUAGGUAGAUAUCUAGCAGAUCUCCUGGGAAUCAAAAAUCCAUUUUAGGUCAUUUUAUUAGUCCGGCCAUCAACCUUUACUAAUGUUUGAGGUUACGUGUAAUAUUUUGUGAAUAUUAAGUUGAUGCUUACCUUCUUUAAGGUUCAGUUCAUCCUCUUGUUCAGAUGUGAAAUCAUACAGAGCCUUGCAUUUUCCUAUGCUGGACCAUUCUGCUCUUGUUUCACCUGUUAAAUAUUAAUAUUUUUCACUCCCCUUAUUACAUGAUGGAAUUGCAAAUGUGAUGAGUAAUAAAUCUUUGCAUGCUGCAAA